AAUCAGCCACACGCACGGUAUGUCUGAGUUGUGUAUCUGCAACUCCCACUUUAGUAUUGAUUUAGUUCGGGUGUCACAAAAGCAAAUAUUAUUGACUAUUCUGCUUGUUUCGAGCAAAUGUGAGGAUAGCGAGCCUUAGAUUUAGCAAAGUAUGGAAGUGGGAGGAGAUGAGAAGGAGGAGGAGGAGGUUAGGAGAGGCUCCUGUGGAGAGUUCACAUCUGCUUGUUGUCAUGGAGGAGCGAAGAUGGCGGUCCUGGGCCUGGGCAAGCGUGAAAUAAACCAACAUUUCACCAUUAGGAACGCCAAGUUAAUAUCGCUCGCGCUCGUUGUUGUACUCGUCAUAUUCCACACGGCUUUGCGCUAUUUAGGAGGCGGAGACUCGUGUGAAUGGCUGCUGUCCAGCGGACGUUAUUUGGGGGAGAAUGUUUGGCAGCCUUAUGGCUGCAUGAUGCACAAAUACAAACGCUUUGAAGCCAAAAGCUGCCUUUCAAAAAAGCGAGUGGCCUUUGUCGGAGAUUCACGAAUCCGGCAGCUGUUUUAUUCCUUCGUCAAAAUUAUCGAGCCUGGCCGAAGAGAAGAUGGCAAGAGGCAUGCGGACAUUGCUUUUCAAGAAAAGAGCUCCUCUCUUCAUGUGGACUUCCUGUGGUAUCCAGAAGCGAAUAACUCCAUGAAGGAGCGUCUGAUUAUCAUGGACACGUGGUAAGUGAGGAAUGAAGGCUCCGCAACGCCUGAUGUUGUCAUCCUCGGGUGUGCACAGUGGUCCAUUAAGCUGCACGGUGGCAGCAGUGAGACUUUAAAGCAGUACAAAGUCAACGUGACCGCCAUGGCUGGUUACUUGGAGAGGCUGGCCCGGCGUGGAGAGGUCUACUGGGUCCUACAAGAACCAGUCAAUGAGGAGGUACUAAGGAAGGACCGGAAGGUAAUCACCAAUCAACAGCUGGAACUCUAUAACAAAGCGGCAGUGGACGCACUUGAUACCGCAAAGCGGAACAACAAGUCGCUGGUCAAGCUGCUGGCCGCCUCGCGCAAGGCGGCGCUCGAGACCAUUGAGCAGUCAGACGACGGACUGCACAUACCUGAAGGCGCCAGGGAUAUUGGAGCCAUGGUGCUGAUGAACGCCGUGUGCAACAGCUCCAGAGACCCAUCGACGGCUCCUGCUGCCCAGACGGUGGCGUCGCCCAACCUCCUUCAGAAACUCGCCGCAUGCUGUUUCGUGGCCUCCGCCCUCAUCCUCCUGGGCUUUUGCGUCCUCGGCAACAAACGCCACCACCGCCCCGUGCCGCCCGACGUGGAGAGCCUGGAUGAGAAGAAGCCGGCGAGCGCCGUGGCCCCGCUGGGUGUCAAGGCGCCGUUCCAGGCCGUGUGCAGGAUGGGCGUCAUCAUGACCUACUUUUACCUCUGCGAUCGGGCCGACUUGUUCAUGAAGGAGCAGAAGUUCUACACGCACUUGACGUUCUUCAUCCCGCUCAUCUACAUCUUUGUCCUGGGGGUGUUCUACAGUGACAACAGCAAAGAGACCCGGUUGCUUAACCGAGAGCAAACGGACGAGUGGAAGGGCUGGAUGCAGCUCGUCAUCCUCAUCUAUCACCUAUCUGGAGCCAGCGCUUUCAUUCCUGUGUACAUGCACGUACGGGUGCUGGUGGCUGCUUACCUUUUCCAGACAGGCUAUGGCCACUUCACCUUUUUUUGGCUCAAAGGAGACUUUGGACUGUAUCGGGUGUGCCAGGUGCUUUUUCGUCUGAAUUUCCUCGUGUUGGUGUUAUGCGUGGUGAUGGACAGGCCCUACCAGUUCUACUACUUUGUCCCACUGGUCAGCUUUUGGUUUGUCGUCAUCUAUGGCAUGAUGGCCAUGUGGCCUCAAAUCCUGCAGAAGAGGGCCAGCGCCAACAACAUGUGGCAUCUUGGUAUCGUCGCCAAGUUUCUGGUCCUUCUGUUGUUCAUCUGCGUCAUGGCAUACUCACAGGAGUUCUUCAACGGCAUCUUCUCAAGUUGGCCCUUUUCCAAGCUCUUUGAAGUCAACGGAAGCGUCUACGAGUGGGGCUUCAGAUGGAAGCUGGACAGAUUUGCGGUGAUCUACGGCAUGCUGUUCGCCUUUGUCUACCUGGUGCUGCAGAAGCGCCAGGUGCUGUCCGAAGGCAAAGGGGAAGCUCUGUUCUCUGCCUGGAUUGCCAACCCGCUCUUCUUCCUCUCCAUCAUCACCUUUGUCACAUAUUCCGUGUGGGCCAGCGGCUGCAAAAGCAAAUCAGAGUGUAACGAAAUGCAUCCGUACAUCUCCGUACUGCAGAUCUUGGCUUUCGUUCUAAUCCGGAACAUUCCCGGCUACGCCCGCUCCAUCUAUAGCUCCUUCUUUGCCUGGUUUGGAAAAAUCUCCUUGGAGCUGUUCAUUUGCCAGUACCACAUCUGGCUGGCUGCGGACACCAAGGGCAUCUUGAUCCUGAUUCCGGGCAGCCCGUCGCUCAACAUCUUGGUCAGCACGUUUAUCUUUGUGUGCGUCGCCCACGAGAUCUCGCUCAUCACCAACGACCUGGCCCAGGUGGUCAUACCUAAGGACACCACGGCACUCCUCAAGAGGUUGGGCUGUAUGCUUGUUCUGGCUAUGCUCACCCUUUUCAUUGGCAGGGCGCGACAAAGCACCUGAGUCGCCACGCCCAAGACUGCCCAUACAUGUUGUUCCUUAAACACCUCGUGACUGCUGAAAUAGUCGAACACUGAAGAACAAUGGCCAAAAGAAAACUUUUUCCCCCCCUCCUUUGACACAGCAAAAAUGAAAUUGCUGUACACCUACCUUCACAUUGCAAAGAAGCAGGGAGGUACAACAACAAACGAUCAAUGAAAAAAAGGACCUGCUGUUUCAGAAGUUCUCGUUCAGCACUGGAGCGGUCUCUCAACUCUCCGUCCAUCGAACGAGAUAAAAGCAAAAUUACUCCACGUCCGACGGACACCUUGAACAAAACGCAACAGCAAUCUGCUUUCUAGUUUCACAAUUGUGUUGUACAGUAUUUGAAUUGAAAUACUAAGGACCAACAAUUAGCUCUUCUGAUCAAAAUACAGACCUCCCCAUUUGCUAAUGGGUUUUUCUUUUGUUUUUUUUUCUUCUUCUCUUCUUCCGUGAGUAAUCCUGUGCUAAAAGGUACUGUACUGUGGUCACCUGCUGUAGCUCUGAAAUUUUACGUGAUAUGUAUAGUAUUUAAUUAUUUAAAAUUAAGCGUAUACUUUAUACUCUUAUUUUGUACUUUUCGCACGCUCUCCAAGUGAAGAAAGUAGUCGAUUUGAUUGAUGACACAAUGUUGUUUUUAAUUUUAUUUUCUUUUUUUUUUAAUCUGCCUCAGAGCUGUGGUAGAACAUGCACUGGUUGGUCAGCACAACUAACAUCCUGACUCAAUUUCAACAUGCAGCUUUCCUCUACUGACUCAAACAUACAUGUACGUAGUCACCAACAUGCACUGACUGGGCUAAAAGACUAAUUGUUAAUAUUUUAUAUUUGCUUGUUUUUGUUUUUUUUGUCACCUGCCCUCUCCUAUGCAGGAUUUAGCACUUUUAUUUAAUGAUGCUCAUUGCUGACUGAGUCCACGUGCCGCUAAUUCUCUGCACCCAAGCAGAUGUCUAUUAAGAAAAUCAAAAUAUUUUUGUCACGGUAUGAACAUGUGAUGUACGAGCUUAACCGCAAAUGAUUUUGGAGGUUGCAUUUUGUAUUUGUAAUGAGAUAAUGUCAGUCACCACGUUCACCUCUCAUUAUUGUUGAGCCUCGGUGUCAUUGCGGAGUCCUCAAUUAAGAUUUAAACGCAAUGUUUUCUUUACUCUUUACCCACCACAGCGGUACUUUGGCUCUCUGGCCUUAAUUGUUCCAUUUCGGUAGUGUAAAAGCAACAACUAUUUAUACUCUUAUGAAAUUUGUUACACAUAAUUUUUGUGAUGUCUUAAAAUGUGAAAUGUAUCCAUAUUUAUAAAUGCCUUUAUUCUGCUGUACAUAACAAUGAAACUUCAUAAAAUGCACAGUUUUGGCUUUA